AUGAUUGGCGCACGACAUCUUCAAGACCCACGAGGUUCAAGUUUUUCUUCAACAUGUACAUCAGCAAGUAGUAAUCCUUCGUGGAAUGAUGCAUCAAAUCUAGCGUCGCUGAAUCAUAAUCUAUUGCCAUCACAACGACCAACACUACGAUCAUCUCGACAUUUAAUAAUUCCUCUAGUUUCAGCAGCUCGACUACCUAUUUCUCCAUCGUCACCAAGAGCUGCACUUCGAGAUCUUUGUUUACCACGGCAAGAACCACGUCCACCAGCUGAUAUACUAAAUCGAUCAUAUCUUGGUUCAUGUUCACCGUCGCUAGCCAAAUUUAGUCGUACAAUUGUUAGUCAACAUGCAUCAGCAUCGACAAGUACAACAACAUUACCAUUAUCACAUAUUCAUCCAGCUAAUUUUCUUCAUCCAACUAUGCCAUAUAUUACUGUUAAUAGUCAUGGAUUGCAUCAUCAUCAUCAUCAUCAUUGCCGAUAUAUACGGUAG